GAUGGCGAUUUACGGCCGUGUCCUGAGUACAGUACGUAUGCUAUGUAUAGUGACCCUAUAUAUACACAGUUAUGGUGACACAAAAUGAUUUAAAACUUGAAAUAAGGUUUUGGAUAUUGCACAUCUCCAAGUCAUUCACUCCAUGUGCAACUUUGUUCGCUUUUCACACCACCAGGUGUCACUGUGGCCUCAAAGCUUCAGCACUGGCACUCAAAGAUCGAUUGCUAAGUCUGAGGUAAAACACGCCCCCCUCAUUAGCAUACAGACGAAGAAAAGAAGAAAUAAAUAAAUGUAUAAAUAAAUAAAUGUGGAAAUAAAUAUAUAUAGAAAUAUAUAAAUGUAUAAAUAAAUACGUGUAGACAUAAAUACAUUUAUACAUAAAUAAAUGUGAAAAUAAAUAAAAGUAAAAAUAAAUAAAUGUAUAAAUAAAUGAAUAAAUAAAUAAAUAAUAGUGUGAAAAAAUACAAUUAUACAUAAAUAAAGAAAUACAGGUAUAAAUACUCAUUUAUUUUAGUUUUUUUACAUUUCCAUGUAUAUAUAUUUCUUUAUUUAUUUCUGUAUUUUUGUUUUUUUUUACAUUUCCUUGUAUAUUUAUUUAUAUAUUUAUUUAUUUAUGAAUAUGGCAGAAUUGGCUCCCCAUAGGUUUUUACCCCAUUUUUUGUCUCUCAGGUGCUGUAAGGAGUGAGGUGUUUUCCUUGUUAUUAGUUAAACGGCCUAAACAAGAUGACUUUGCGAGUAAGGCAAUGGCGAAAACGCCAAAGAGAACUAGAUCAACUCCUCCGUUAUUCUGACAGUGAUGAAGAGGGACAAAGUGUGCCUGGGGCUCCAAGUAGUUGUAGCAGUGAUAGUGUGCCUAGGACCCCAGAUAGUUUAAUAAGUGACAAUGAUCUUGGAACAUCAGAUGAUUUUCACUUUGACACUGAUGUGGACUACUGUUCUUCUGACUCGGAACAGGAACCAAAUGAAGCUGAAGUGACUAGCUUUGAGGACGAACUCAGACAGUGGGCCUUGGAGCACAAUUUGACACACAGAGCACUUAAUGACCUACUGCCCAUAUUAAGAAAGCAAGGGCACCUAUUGCCUGUGGAUUGCCGGACACUCCUUGCUACACCACGGCACAACACAACAGAGCCUAAAUGUGGUGGCCAGUAUAAGUAUUACGGCUUAGAAAAGGGUAUCUGUCGUUACUUGAGUCAGAUGGAGAGCAAUGAUGUGCACCUCAGCGUAAAUGUUGAUGGCAUCCCACCCUUCAGAAGUAGCGGUGUCCAAUUCUGGCCAAUACUGGUGAAGUGUGGCCAUUUUGAUUCUUUCAUUGUAGCCAUGUUCAGUGGACAAAGCAAGCCAAGUCCUCUUGAGGAGUACUUAAAUGACUUUGUGACUGAAUACAAACAUCUCAAGGACAAUGGCAUUGCUUUUAAAGGCCAGACUUACACUGUCAAUAUUGAUGCUCUGAUAUGUGAUGCACCAGCAAGGGCAUAUCUGAAAUGUAUUAAGGGUCAUACUGCCUUUGAUUAAACACCUUUCACAACUCUCAGAGGUACUCGUGUUGAAAGUAGAGUGGUUUUCAAUGAACAGGAAUGCACUUCUCGAACAGAUGAUGGUUUCUCCAGAGUGGAGUACACAAACCACCAAACUGGUAUCAGCCCCUUCAUUGCAGCAGGAAUUCCUUGUGUCAGCUCCUUUGUCCUGGAUUACAUGCAUGUCGUCUGCCUGGGAGUAGUUAGGCGCCUGCUAAUUUAUUUGACUCGUGGUCCAAAAGUCUGUCGUCUUUCUGUGAGGCAAAAGGAUGCAAUUUCUCAAAAGCUAAUUGCACUAAGAGGGAAGAUGCCAAGUGAAUUUGCCAGACAACCACGGGGAUUACAAGAAAUUGAUAGGUGGAAAGCCACUGAACUAAGGCAGUUUUUGCUGUACACGGGGCCUGUUGUUUUGAAAGCCGUGUUGUCACCUGAAAAAUACCAACAUUUCUUGUCCUUGACAGUAUCCAUGUCGAUCAUGCUGGAGUCAGAUGAGCGGAUUCAAAGUGCCUAUCUCCAGUAUGCGCAGGAGCUAAUCAAACAUUUUGUCAUGUGCUCUGCUGACCUGUAUGGCAAGACCUUUCCUGUAUACAAUGUACAUGCACUAAUUCAUCUCCAUGAGGAUGCCAGCCACUUCAACUGUUCCUUAAAUGACAUUUCCUGUUUUCCAUUUGAAAAUUACCUGCAACAAGUCAAGAAACACGUGAGAAAUGGGAGAAGUCCCUUGGAACAAGUGACUAGGCGUUUGUCUGAGAUCGAGCAAUCAGAAGUGUACAAUCGCCAAAGACACCCUAAAGUGUUUUCCUCUGUUAAAGAAAAGGACAGUUGUUUUCUUUUGAGGGACAACAGCAUUGCUUUUGUUCGACAGAGAAAUUCAGAUGGGACUUUUGCUUGUGAGAUUCUGCACCAGCGUCACACUUCACCAUUAUUUCAGCAACCGUGCAGCUCUGGACUACUGAACAUUGUGUGCACAGGAAAUGGGCUUUGCAGAAUGAAAAAUGCACUACUGCAAGAAAGGGAUCUGUUCCGGAAGGUGGCCUGCCUCCCACUUGAAGCUGGUGGUUUUGUCCUCAUACCCCUUCGCCAUGGUGUGGAACAGACAUAUUAAGGUCAUGUACACGAGGGCUGUUUGGAGGGAGGGUACCCAAGAGGAGGAGGGUGUACCCUACUGAAAAAUCCAGCUAAAACCAGCAUAAGCUGGUAGCUGGUUUUAGCUGGUUUAAGGUGGUUUACGCUGGUCCUCCCAGCCUGACAAAGCUGGUCAUGCUGGUGGGCCAGCUGGUAUUCCAGCAUGACCAGCUAAGUCCAGCUAAACCAGCUUAAAAUGCGACCAAAACACACCUAGACCAGCUUGCUACACCAGCAAAACCAGCUUCCUACACCAGCAAAACCAGCUAAAACCAAGCUGGGGACCAGCUAAAACCAGCUCACCAGCUUAUGCUGGUCUUAGCUGGAUUUUUCAGUAGGGUAGUUCCUGACAGUUGGAUCAACAGACAAAUGAAAACCGUCAGAUGGCCACAUAAGUUGAGUGUUUCUAAAACAGAAAAGGCUAUAAAGGAUAAAAUUAACCCCCAGGAUGACUGGAUGACAUUCUCAUUAAUAAAAAUUAAAAUUACUUCAGAUAAGCGUCGUGAAUGUGAGACCUACAACCUGACCAGCCAGGCAGAGGAGGAGGGCGAUGAGGUUAUUAGUGUGACGAGGAAGCGCACUAAAAAAGGAAUUCUGGAGGGUUUUGUUAGAAAUGAAUUAUCGGAUUCUGAUGAGAGUGUCAGGGGCAGCAAGCUACCCCCCUACCCUACGGCACCAAGGAAGCUGCAGCCCCUUGAGGACGCCAGCAUGUUGCACAAUACUUCCCAUGAAGAUGGAGCCAUGUCUGGCCAAGUAGAGUGUGCGGGCAGUCCUCAGGGCAGUGAAAUGUGCCCUCCAAUACAUAAAGAUGGAGACAUGUCUGGCCAAGUGCAGCGUGCAGACAAUCCCCGGGACAGUGAAAUGUCUCCUUUCAACUCUGUAACUGAAACCUUGCAUGGUGUGGUGGAGGCCUUCUCUGGCCUGGAGAAAUGUGCAGCCAGAUCUCAGCGCAAGGACAUUUCCAACGCCAGCACAGCGCCUCGGAGCAUGGAUCUUUUGACACCCUUAUCUCGUCAUGCAGCAAGAGGUCAUGCGAGGGAUAUGUAUCGCUCCAGGUCCAGCAGUGGAUCCACCAUAAGGUCAUGGAACAGUGAUUAUUUGAGUCACACCUUCAGGUCCAGACAUGAUGGGUCACAGCACAGUAAUAACCGGUCACGUAGUCAUGCCCUCAGUCCCCCGGCCAGGUCCAGACAUGAACAAAGAGCACAGCGAUGUGAUGACCGAUCCCGUAGUGAUGACCGAUCCCGUAGUGAUGCCCCCAGUUCCCCGGCCAGGUCCAGACAUGAUCAAAGAGCUCAGCGCAGUGAUCUCUGCAGCCCCCCCUAUGACAGGCAUGUGACUAACAGUGGGAGAUGGGACUUUCCAUUGCCAUGGGGUGUGUUUCAGAAGAAGGUCCUGAGCCUACUAAUCGACAUCCACCAUCGCCUGAAGGAAACGCAACCUGCCUCUUCAGCUGUCCAUAUAGAGAGGAUUGACACCAUGGAGGACUUUGAGAUACAGGAGCAACGCCUUUGUGAUGCAAAGGCCUUUGAUAUCCUGGUGCUGCAAAUUUCAAGAAUUGGUGGGCGAAACACCAAGGACUGUGUCCACAAAGUGUAAAACAGGCUCUUCACCAACAGUCUCAUGGCCAAAUUUAAUUUGAAGGGCAAGGGGAAAAGGGGGAAACGUCCUUUAGAGGGAACAAAGGCUUAUAGAGCUAUAAAAGAAGGGAUCAUGAAAUUUGAUUUGGCAGCCACUGAGGAGUACCUCAAGAUGAUCGUUGAUGAGCACCUCAAGCAUGCGCCGCAAAGACUGGGAGGUGGAGGAUUCACUAUGCCCUGAUUAGCCAAGACUACAGGACUUGAAUUAAGAGUUCAAUGAAAUUACAAUCUAAAAAUUAAUUCAUAACUGUUUGAUAUGUGUGGUGUCGUUCUGAUGUCAUUCAAUACAAUGUAUUUUUGAAUAAAGAUGAAAAUGGUGUUA